UCAGUCUCUGAAGAGUUAAACCAUGGCGAAAGAAAAGAAAAAGAAGGAGAAGAAGGGGAAGAGGAAACAGCCCAUGGGACAGAUGUCCAAAGAGCCUCGAAUUUAUUUCCCAGAAGCUCUACUAGCAUAUCAAAUUCAGAUAAAGGAAGAGAUCAUCGAUCAGCUUCUCUUUGAAAUAAAAAACUUGGAAGCGCAGAAUGACCAAAACAAAGAAAGGAAUCAGCAACUAAAGAAUGAACAGGCUUCGCACAUCCGAGCACUCCUAGCUGCCCUGAAGGAGCAGGAAGAGGCGUUGGCGAAAGUCGAAAUUGUUACUAGAGAUGAUGUGGAACUAGCGAUGAAGGAGAAGUGGCAGUAUGCGAAGGAUCAGGAAAAACUUAUUAAAGACAUGCGCUGCCAGAUACAUUACCUCGAACAAAAACUCGUGCAAAAGCAAGCUGAAGUGGAUUACUGGCUGGCGUACAAAAACGUUGGGAGCACCGAGCAUGCCAAGCAGAUCGAGUGCCUGGAACAGGACAUCCAGAAACUGAAGGAAGAGCUUGAGGAAAUGACUGAAUUUUUUAGGAUUUCCCUGGAAGAGACGAAGGAAAGAACCGACAGAUACAUGCUGAAGCAAAUGGAGCUGAAGAAAGAAUGGGCCCUUGAGAAUGCUGUUAAGCAUAUCGACAAGACCAGCUGCCGGGAGAUUAAAGAAUAUGAGUGGCUAAAGGAGGAGGUGGCAGGGUACAAAAAGGAAGUGAGCGAUUUGGAAGCCUUGGUCCACGAACUGGAGAAGGAGAACAUCUACCUCACCAACAAACUCUUUGAGCGUAGGCUGCAGUUCCUUAAAGUACCCAGAACGUUAUUUCUUACCCAGGGAGCUGGCCUGCAGAUGCUUGAAGACCAGGAACAUGUUAGGCUUUCUGCUGAAAAUGCAUCAUUAAUAUCGGAAAUAGUUAUCAACGUGGAUCAUAAAGACAGACAGGAGACGGUGGAAAAUCUGCGAGGUGACAGUUUUGAAGUGAUUCAACUGAAAGCAGAUUCUGCUGCUCAAUUUCUCCCCCCUAUCCUGUACGAAGACUCAAAUGAUUUCAAGGAGUACAAGCAUCUGGGGCCCCUGGCAGUGAAAUUGAUGACUACGGUGGGCCAGACUAUGCCAGUUCACGAGGAUGCCAGGGAAAUGCCAAGCAGAACAAAGCUUGAAGAAAGAUAUGACAGCAGCCGGUCUCAGCAUCACAUCACCUACCAGAUGAUCAAAUCCAUGUUUCAUUGAGAGCGAGGAAGGCUACUGCUUUUC